AUGCAAUGGCAACACAUUCUUAAGAGUCGCUUUGUGGAACAUUCCCACAUCACAAACCGUUCCCUGAUUAUUAAGGCUAAUGAUGAUUCUGCUGCUGGUGGUGCUGCUAAUGCUGCUGUGACUGCUGCUAAUGCUGAUGGUGGUGGUGGUGGUGCUGCUACUGCUGCUGGUGCUGAUGAUGAUGAUGAUUACUUUAUGACGAGAAACCUGUUUCGCCUGUUGUUGUUGUUCCUGCUGUUCGUCUGUAUCGUGAGUCUCGUGGAGGCGAAAAAGAGUAAAGGCGGAGGAUCCAAGAAGUCUAACAAGUCCGGGAAAGGCCUGUUCAAAUCCGGGAAGGGGAAAUCCAAGAGCAAAUCGGACAAGUCCGGCAAGGGCGGACCAAUUAUUGACCUAAUAAAGGACAAAGUUGCCAAAGAGAAAUCCAAGAGUCGCGGACCAGUUAUUGACCUAAUUAAAGACAAAGGUGGCAAGAGCAAAGGUUCGAUUAUUGAUGUAUUCAAGGGCAAACCUGGCAAAUCCAAGUCAAAAGAUAAGUCAAAAGAUAAGUCUUCGAAGAAAUCAAGCAAACACCCGAAAUCGCUCAAACCACCCUUAAAAUCAUUGAAGAGCAAACCGAAAUCGAAAAAAAGCUCUAAAUCCAGGAAAUCACUUCAUAGUAAAGGAAAAUCAAGUAAGUCCAACUUAAAAUCUUUCAAAAGCAAACUGCAUUCAAAAAAAUCGAAGAAAUCCAGCAAAAAGUCCGACAUCGAAGAAAAGAGCAGUAAAAGCAGCGAUGACAGGACAUCUGAGACGGGGCCACAGCCGACCAAGCGUCCGCCGGUGACCAAGAAACCGGAAACAACCAAGCGUCCGCCAGUCACCAAGAAACCGGAAACAACCAAGCGUCCACCAGUUACCAAAAUACCUGAAACAACCAAGCGUCCGCCAGUGACCAAGCAACCGGAAACAACCAAGCGUCCGCCAGUGACCAAGAAACCGGAAACUACCAAGCGUCCGCCAAUAACCAAACAACCGGAAACGACAAAACGUCCGCCAGUAACCAAUAGACCGGAAACUACCAAGCGUCCUCAAGUGACAAAACAACCGGAAACGCCAACACGUCCACCGGUAACCAAUAAACAGGAAACAACCAAGCGUCCACCGGUAACUGAUCGACCGGAAACAACAUUCGUUCCGACGGUGACCGACGGGCCAGAACGGACGGACCUUCCACCGUCGACCGAGGGGCCAGGCACUACGUAUAUACUGACGGAACCGCCGAUGGCGACGGAGGAUCCGGACGACGAGGUGACAACGACGGAGACCGUAUCCGUUAGCUCGACGGACGGCUGCAAAGUGGGGAAUGCCACCUAUGAUAUCGGCACGUUCCCGCACCCCUCGGAGAAGUGCCACGUUUGCCGAUGUCACGUUACUGGUGACGUCACGUGUGAGAGACGUAGGUGUCCGCGACCGCCCUGUGGUGUGGGACGCCAAAAACCCUCUAGUGACGGAUGCUGCUUGGAGUGCGAGAGCGCGUGUAAGGCGGUCAGGUGCCCAACGAUCGCGUGCUCCAGUCGCCUUUGGCUGUUCGACGAGAACUCGUGCUGUCCAAAGUGCGGCUGUCGGUACAAGGGUGACCUCGUCCCAAUGGGUCCGGUGGGUCUGCGGUGUGACGGGUGCACGUGUGAUGGGAGCGGUGUCACGUGUUCACCGGCCCCCUGUCCGGCCACGCCGCUCCAGUGUGUAGACCCAGUCAGGGACGAGAACUCCUGUCAGUACUACUGCCCCAAAGGAAAGACAUGUUCCGUGGGCGAUUACAUUAUUAAGUACGGGGAGAUUGCCCGACUGGAGGACCAGUAUUGUGCAUGCGUGGGUGACUGGUUUCCGGUAGCGUUCUGCGCUAAAGUGAAGCUACCGUGCAACAUUCACGACCUGCAGGAAACCAUGUGCGUCUCCGAGCCUGAAAUGUAG